AUGGGUGGUCAAAGAAUUCUGUCAAAAGCAGAAUUUGACCUUCUUAUUAGGUACUUGAGAUCUCAAAGCAGACCAUCGGCGAAUGAAAGAAAAUCGCCAUUGCAAUGGAAGGUGUACAAGUCUUUGUGCAAAAAUCAGUUUGCUCUCCGACAUGUCUUCGAUCCCAGAUCGAAAAACGCUAGUGGAAUUGAAGAGAGACUUGUUGUCUCAUCUUCAAAUAAAAUUGUCGUCCACGCAGAAGAAGUGGAAGGAUUGAUCACUACCUUCUCUAACCGCAGCAAAGGUGCUAAUGCAAAGACGCUAUAUGGACUACUUUCAAAGCACUUCGCCGGAGUGGAUGAACGUCUCAUUCAAACACACAUUAGUGCAACACGAGAAGCCCAGUCUUUGCAUCCUAAGUUUUUGAAUAAGGCGCCGUUGCAGCCUAUAAUAGCUUCUAAAGUACAGGAGCGAAAUCAGUUAGAUCUGGUAGACUUGUCAGACAUUCCGGUUGAAGUUGAGCCAGACGGUCUGACGUACAAGUAUGUUCUUAGCAUUCUGGACGUGUUCAGCAGGCAUUUGUUUCUCCGGCCAUUGCCGGGAAAGUCUCCUUACCUGGUGGCUCAAGAACUGCUUGAUAUAUACUACACUGUUGGUCCACCGCGAAUAAUUCAAUCAGAUCAAGGCACCGAGUUUCGAGGAGUGGUUGAAAUGUUGUCCUCUGCCAUGAAUAUUACUGUAAUUCGUAGCAGGCCUUACCACCCACAAUCUCAGGGAAAGAUUGAAAAAGUCAAUCAGUCUCUGAAGAGUAAAAUCAGGUAUGACAUGACAGUGAACGGCACGGAGGGCGUCAAUUGGGUCGAGGAACUCCCCAUUUAUGAGCACCUUUACCACGUGUCGCCGCAUCAGGCUUUGGGUAAAGCGUAUCAAUUAGAGAGCAAUACAAUAUUAUGUCUGUAA